AUGAAGAAUUCCCCCGAUAUACCAGGGUACACCACCCUCCCAAUUCAACUCCCAUCAACCCCCCUAUUCCCAAAACCCGCAACACACAACCUCUACAUCCGUCCUCACGAGCCUCGCAUCCCAGACCCCGACUCUACGCGCUCGCUCUUCAUCGUCAACUUUCCAAUCGACACAACAGAAACGCAUAUCCGCCACUUAUUCGGUGCCCAACUAUCCGCCGGCCGCGUAGCAUCUGUCCAGUUCGAAGAACAUCAAAACAAAAAAUCCAAAUCCUCCUCCGCAGUAUCAACAGAAAGCAACCUCCAAUCUUCCAACAACAAAAAACGCAAACGCAUAACAUCCUCCGACCUCCAAGUUACGCUCGACAACAUCUCAUUGCCAGAAACAUGGAACCGACCCCUCCACAAAAGCGGCACACACGCUAUUGUAAUCUUCGCCGAUCGCUCCAGCAUGGAAAACAGCCUAAAAGCCGCUACCAAGGCGUCUAGGAAGCAAACAACCCUAAUCUGGGGCGAGGGGAUUGAAUCCCGUAUUCCAGAACUAGGAAUUAAGCGCUAUCGUACUCAUGAGAAGAUGCGGUAUCCCAAUCGGGCAGAUAUUCUUCGUUCCGUGAACGACUUUAUGACUGUUUUCGAACAGGUUGCUGAGGCGAAGAAGAGAGAGGAGCAUCGCAAGAUUGGGGAGCCGGAUGAGGAUGGAUUCGUUACUGUUACGCAUGGACCGAAGUUAAAUUCUGUUGCUAGGGAGGAUGAGGCUAAGGAGCUUCUUGAGAGGCAGAAGAAGAAGGGUGAAGGGUUGGAGGACUUUUAUCGGUUCCAGUCUAGGGAGAAGAGGAAGGAGAGACAGAAUGAGUUGCUUAGGAAGUUUGAUGAGGAUAAGAAGAAGUUGGCGGAUAUUAAGAUGCGGAAGGGGAAGAUUCGGCCUGAGUAA